GGAAAAACGAAGUCUAAGCCUCGAACGAUGGGGAUUCUUUCGGUCUUGCCCUCGAGUCUGGAACUUCAAGCUGAAGAUCUGGACGAUUUUGAGGCCGAAGAUGAUGAUCUUGAGCAGGAUCCUGCUAUUAUGAAGGCUUUGUUGGACAUGGGCGGCCUCAUCGUCAACGCGCAACGACACAUUUCCGGCAGAGGCGUGCUGACGAAAAAGGUUAUGGUGAUUUCUUCACCGACGUAGAUCUACAUCUGUACUAGAAGUUGACGCUGCUUUGAAUUUUUCUUGUCUUGCAGCUGCGCAGCUGCAUCUAAGAUCCAUGACUGCGUGAGCGCCUAGCUAUGCUCUACUUAUUUGUGCGCGGGGGAAGCAUAACAAGGUCGACAAACUUAAUAGAGAGAUCUUCAUUUUGACUUUCUAAUUAAGUUCUAAGCACGUCAGAGCUGUAUGAUGAGAGCGCCAGAAUCUGAGUCCGAGGUUUACUCAUCCGUGCGGC